CUGAACAACCGAGACCUGGUCCAGCAUGAAGGCCCUGGGAUCCAGAUUUUUCUUUUAUGCGGGUUUUGUGGUGGGAACCUUCACGCUGUACGUGUUUCUGCGGCAGAUGUGGUUUGAGAGGACAACACCGCAAGGCAACAACUUGGGGAAAAUGUAUGAGCACCAGCAUGAGGAAGAGGAGAGUUUAUGGAAGAAAGACAGGUCUGCUCUCUUCAACCUUAAACACCCUCAUCAUAUAGGUGAAGAUAGCCACUUGGCUGAUGAGUUGUACAGAAAGGUGCGAAUUCUUUGCUGGGUGAUGACGGGACCCAAAAACCUGGAGACAAAGGCUCGGCAUGCGAAGCAAACAUGGAGUCGUCAUUGCAAUGUUGUGGUUUUCAUGAGCUCCGUGGAUGAUCCUGACUUCCCCACAGUGGGAUUAGGCACAAAAGAGGGUCGCGAUCAACUGUACUGGAAAACCAUCCGAGCCUUCCAUUAUGCCUAUGAGCAUCAUGCCGAUGAGGCGGAUUGGUUCCUCAAGGCAGACGACGACACCUACGUGAUUGUAGACAACCUGCGAUGGGUCCUUGCAAACCACACACCCGACGAGCCAAUUUACUUCGGGCGAAGGUUCAAGCCUUACACCAAGCAGGGAUACAUGAGCGGUGGUGCAGGCUAUGUACUGAGCAGAGAGGCACUGCGGAGAUUCGUAGAAGGAUUUAAAAACAAAGUGUGCACACACACCACCUCUGUGGAGGAUCUGGCAAUGGGGCAGUGCAUGGAGAAGGUUGGGGUGCUUGCAGGAGACUCCAGAGACACGGCACACAGAGAGACAUUUCACCCUUUUGUCCCUGAGCAACAUCUCACUGCCAAGUUCCCAAAGAGCUUCUGGUACUGGAGCUACUGCUAUUACCCCAUCUCAGAGGGUCCUAAGUGCUGCUCGGAUAUAUCGGUGUCUUUCCACUACGUAGAUGCUGCAGGCAUGUAUUUAUUGGAAUACUACACUUAUCACCUGCGUGCCUUUGGCUACAAAUACAGAUACCAACCCCCGAUCCCAAAGGGUUACGGAUUUGAACAGUUAACGUCACGAAAUGCCGCAGAAGGACAAGACAUGACUUUUCAGGAAAACGAUCUUAAAGAGGGGAAUAAUUCGUCCCAGGAUGACCAGAGGCAGGAUGCAGAUCCUCCCCCUGCGGCUGAUAAAGACCCUCCUGCAGCUCCAGAAGGAAACUGACUCUAACCCUCUGUUGGAUGAACCGAUUUUAAGGCAGACAGAAACCGUAUGGGUUUUUUAUGUUUACUGAUCCAUUUUGAUAAUUUGGGUUCUUAAGUGCAGAAAGUCAGACCACUUGUUCUUAAGUUCUCGAGGAUUCUGGAGCUGAAAGACUUCUUUUAAUGCGAAAUGUGACUGGAAGACUGUUCCUCAACCCGAGACAUGUUUUUAUCAUUUUUAUCCUUUUAUUUCAUUUUUAUUGAGUGCUUUUUACAAGUGAAUUCUUAAAAGGUUUAGGAACACUUGUCUGCUUGUAUAGACUCUGAAACAAAGGUGAGUAG